AGCCGGAAGUUGGAGCCGGGCGCGGGGGCCCGGGCUGGCGGCGAGUGCUGCGGGUCACGUCAGGAUUGCGGGGUUCCCCGGGGUCAGCCCAUGCCGAGCGCGCGACUCCUGGUGCUCUUCGGCAGCCAAACGGGCACAGCCCAGGAUGUGUCGGAGAGGCUGGGCCGCGAGGCCAGGCGCCGGCAGCUCAGCUGCCGGGUGGAAGCCCUGGACUCCUACCCCGUGGUGAAUCUGAUUAAUGAGCCCGUGGUGAUAUUUGUUUGUGCAACUGCAGGCCAAGGAGACCCCCCGGACAACAUGAAGAGUUUCUGGAGGUUCAUCUUCCGGAGGAGCCUGCCGUCUACCGCCCUCCGUCAGAUGGACUUUGCUGUGCUGGGUCUCGGGGACUCGUCUUACGCCAAGUUCAACUUUGUGGCCAAGAAGCUGCACCGCCGGCUGCUGCAGCUCGGGGGCAGCGCUCUCCUGCCCGUGUGCCUGGGCGAUGACCAGCACGAGCUGGGGCCCGACGCCGCCAUCGACCCCUGGCUGCAGGAUCUGUGGGAGAAGGUGCUGGGGCCGCACCCUGUGCCUCUGAACCUCGACCUGAGCCCUCCUGGAGUCCCUUGGCCCUCCAAGUUCACCCUGCAGUUCCUCAAGGACACCCCCACCUCGGGCCCUGAGGAGCUGUGUGUGGCCGGAACAGACCCUCAGGGGCCCCCUUCAGAGCUCCAGCCGUUCCUGGCACCCAUGGUCAGCAAUCAGAGGGUCACGGGGCCCUCGCACUUUCAGGACGUGCGGCUGAUUGAGUUCGACAUCUCGGGCUCUGGGAUGAGCUUUGUAGCCGGCGACGUGGUGCUGAUCCAGCCCGAGAACACGGCCAGCCACGUCCAGCAGUUCUGCCAGGUGCUGGGCCUGGACCCCGAGCAGCACUUCACACUGCAGCCCCGGGAGCCGGGCGUCACCUGCCCCGCGCGGCUGCCCCAGCCCUGCUCCAUGCGGCGCCUCGUGUCCCAGUACCUGGACAUUGCCAGUGUCCCCCGCCGCUCCUUCUUUGAACUCCUGGCCUGUCUCUCCCCCCACGAGCUGGAGCGGGAGAAGCUGCGGGAGUUCAGCUCUGCACGGGGCCAGGAGGAGCUUUGCGAGUACUGCACCCGGCCCCGCAGGACGGCCUGGAGGUGGGCAGGGGCCGGGGAGGGCCUGGCCCCACGGGACGGGCCUGGAGGUGGGCAGGGGCUGGCAAGCGGGCCUGGGCGCCUUGCUGCAGUGCGUGUGGCCCUGCCAGCCGAGGCUGCCCUGCCACUGCCCCCCCAGGUGCUAUGCGACUUCCCCCACACGGCUGCUGCCAUCCCCCCAGACUACCUGCUGGACCUGCUGCCCCUGAUCCGGCCCCGGGCCUUCUCCAUCGCCUCCUCUCUGCGGGCCCACCCCUCGCGGCUGCAGAUCCUGGUGGCCGUGGUGCAGUACCGGACCCGCCUCCGGGAGCCCCGCCGCGGCCUCUGCUCCAGCUGGCUGGCGUCCCUGGACCCUGUGCAAGGACCUGUCCGGGUGCCCCUGUGGGUGCGGUCUGGGGGCCUGACGUUCCCAAAGACUCCAGACGUACCUGUGAUCAUGGUGGGGCCUGGCACCGGCGUAGCCCCCUUCCGAGCAGUCAUCCAGGAGCGAGUGGCCCAGGGCGAGACUGGAAACGUGCUAUUCUUCGGCUGCCGCCGGCGGGACCAGGACUUCUACUGGGAGGCCGAGUGGGAGCAGCUGCAGGCGAGGGGCUGCCUGACUCUGGUCACGGCCUUCUCCCGGGAGCAGGAGCAGAAGCUGUACGUGCAGCACCGGCUCCGGGCACUCGGGCCGCUGGUGUGGGAGCUGCUGGACGGCCGGGGCGCCCACUUCUACCUGGCAGGCAACGCCAAGUACAUGCCGGCCGAUGUGUGCGACACCUUGCUGUCCAUCUUCCGGGAGGAGGGCGGGCUCUCUGGCCCCGAUGCGACCGCCUACCUCGCCCAGCUGCAGCGGACACGGCGUUUCCAGACUGAGACGUGGCUGGCGUCCCCACCCCUGGGAGGGGAAUUCCUGUUGGAGGAGUUGGACUGGCCUGCCCACAAGGCCACCGCCUGGAAUCCAGCUGGCCGUCCCUGGCUGACACAGGGACUGCCUUGCCCACGGCUGGGCUUGGGCAGAUCCUGUCAGAGACGGCACGCCGGGCCCAGGAGCCAGCAGGGGCACGGGGACCCAAGUGAAGUUUCCUCGAGUGGGGCCCGGAGCCAGAAGGAGGCGGCGGUUGCUGCAAGGUCAGUGCCAGAGCCUGCCCCGGCUGUGGAGGGCCACGCUGACCUUCAAGGCCCCAGCCACCCCUCUGCCACCCUGGGGUCCCCACCCACCCAUCCCGGGCCCUGCCCUGGAGGCACCGCCCCUGAACUGUGCCCUGGGGUCCCUGCUGGUGGCCCUGCUGGCCGCAGCUCUGGGUUCGCCAGUCGGCCUCUGGGCCCCGAGCACGUGGACCCACUGCACCAAGUGCUGGUAGAGGAUGGGCCGGGCAGUGGGGCCCUUGGGGAGCCCGAGGGUGCCAGGACUCCGGACAGUGAGCCCCUGCUGGGGGCCGCGGCCCCGCCCUGGGCCAGCCGCACAGAGGACGAGGAGGCGCAGCAGGAGGCUGAGGAGUGCCCUGUCUGCACGGAGCCCUACGGGCUGGGGCAGCAGCGCCGGGCCCUGCUGAACUGUGGCCACGGCCUCUGCACUGGCUGUCUGCACCGGCUGCUGGGCGCCGCCCCCGGCGGCCUGGGCCACGCACGCUGCCCGCUGUGUCGCCAGAAAACCCCCGUGCUCGAGUGGGAGAUCUGCCGGCUGCAGGAGGAGCUGCUGCGGGCGGACGGCCCCGCGCCCCGCGCCCCCACCCCGCCCCUGCCCGCCCGCCGCGGCCGCGGGCCCUGGGCCGCCCUGGAGCACCGCUACCAGCUGCGCUUCCUGCCAGAGGCCCUGGGUGGCCGCGGCUGCCUGCCCUUCCUGCCCUGCCCGCCCCGCCUGGGUGCCUGGCUCUGGGCCCUGCGGGGACACGGGCCCUGCGCCCGCCGCCUGGCACUGCUGAGCCUGCUGGCACUCGAGGCGCUCGGCCUGCUGCUCGUCUUCGCCCCGCUCAUGCUGCUGGGGCUGCUCUUUGUGCUGCUGGGCGGCUCCCGCCGCUGACGGACACGCGCCUGUGGCCGGCACGGCCCGGGCCUGAGCCAGCCACGGCUGCCGACCGACAGGAGGCCUAGGUGCCGAGGCCCGAUGACCACGACUGAAGGACCCAGGGCUGACCAGGGCGCUAGCCUUCAUCCCGGGGCCUGGACAGGGCCGCCCUGGAACCUGCGUUCAUCCUGACCUAGCCCGAGUCACCUACUGCCCAGACACGAGCCGCCUGUGCCCAGCACAGCACUGGAGGAGGGCCCUGGCCAGGGCUCUGAGAGCCCCUCGCCGGACAGGCCCCACCCCGCUGCUGGGCCUCCCACCCGGCCGUUCUGCAGGAGGGGGCACCAUGGACCCGAGUGUUCCCUGAAGGUCAGGCAGCCUGGGGGGCCCCUGCCACACAGGCCCAGCCCACAAAGGGCCGCCUCAGGAGCCCAGCGGCCCCUAGCAGGCUGGGUGUCAGCACACACCCCUCCACUUCAAGGGCCCAGGGCCCCACCAGCCGGGCGCUGUCCUCCCGACCCUGCCGCACUGCUCCUCCCUGAGCCUGCAGCCUGCGCCUGAGGGACACUGUCACAGCCCUGCCUCGCGGGCUCGUCGGUACAAGGGGCAGCUCUCAAUAAAAAGACACUGGUACUGAG